AUGAAGUGCCUUCUUUUCUUCCUUCCAAGGGAAUUCACAUUCGUCUACAUUUCACCCCAGGAAAACAAUCAGCUAGCACUGGACAAGCUGCACGGCACAGUAAAAAAACACAAGCUGGUGUAUCGUGAUGCCUUCUCUAUCAUAACCAGGGACAUCAACAGGGCUAGUUUGAAGAAGACACUUCCAAACUACGGCCAGCACAUUUCGUGCAGCACCAGAAGACCAGAAGUGGUGUGCAUUGCACAGAGCUGGGUAUCAAGUACACAAGGGAGACUGGGAGCUGCAAGGAAACCAGAAAAGCAGGUGACCAAGAUGGUCAUUGUUAUGAUACUGGCGUUCCUAUUCUGCUGGUCCCCCUAUGCAGCUUUCUCCAUAACCGUGAUCACUUGCCCAACCAUCGAGUUGGAUCCUCGGAUGUCAGCAAUACCAGCUUUCUUCUCAAAAACUGCUACUGUUUAUAAUCCAGUCAUUUAUGUGUUUAUGAACAGACAGUUCAGAAAAUGUGUCCUGCAAAUGUUCAGCCUCAAUGAACCUGACACUAUUCCAACAGCAGAACAUCCAAUGCAAGGAGGCAACCAUGAUGAGAGAGAAAUGACCACUGUUGCAAGAAUGAAGACUUCCUAUUCUAUUACAACAAAAGAUGAAGAGUGUAGCAAACGUGAUACGUUUGCUCAGCUGCCAAUACCCGAGGAUGAUGUUUGCCCAAUGUAAAUGCAAGGCACUUGCGACACUCUGUAUUACAUUAUUGAAAUCUAUCAUCUGUAAAUUGGAUACAAAUUGGAUGCCAAGCUUUCAGUCCACUUCAUAGGAAGAAAACACUGAUUAUGGCAAUAAAAAGCUUUGAAUAAUGGAGCAAAGUCAAGAUUUGUCAACAGUUGUAGAACAGAGGUUUCU